UGUUGCGGCAACAUCCUCUUCAGAAUGGAAAACCAACAGGAGGAAAAUGCGGGCUGCUCGUCCAUUUACUCCUGUCUACAGAUCAUUGAUCUCAACACCACCUCAUCUACUACCAGGCAAGUAUGUGUAUCAUCAGUUGUGCUGUUUGAAUUGGCUGCUGGAGGCACUGACUCUGGAACGUUCUGGAAGAUUUGAACCUGUUACUUCCUGCUGGGAUGCCAAGGACCCUGGAAGGAGCAGAACCACGAUAAAGAGGCUGAAUAAGGAAAAGGCAAUAGAGGCCAAGUGGGAGCAGUUUAUCGCUCCGCCAAAGGCACGGCAUCUCACAUCCAAGCCAUUCCGUGUUUCUUCAGGGAGUCAUCUGACUUGGAAGACCUCCACUCUCAGUGUGCUUUCCUCCUCAGUAACGGGGUCAUCAGUGGGCAGCUUGUUGUCUUUGGCAACGGCUCCAGAGCACACCUGUGAUGAGCCUGUUUACACCAAGGGCAUCAGGACUCUGAGCGCACAAGAAUCCGAUUCUGAUUCUUCAUCAUCAGAAUAUCUCCAGAAGUUCCUUCAGGAAUUGUACCUGAGGGUUUUUAAAACCUGCUGUAAUUCUGAUAACCAGCUCACCUCUGCUCCAGACAGCAAUACAGUUAAAGUCCAUCCUGAGAGCAAGCAAAGCACAGAUGGAGAGAAGACAGAGUCUCAAAAAGUGAAGAGUUCCCCCAUGAGGCGAACCUCUGCCACUACCCAACUCAUCCAUGAGAAGAAAGCCAUGCUGGAUGGGAUAACGGCAUCUUUUGUGGACAAAGCAGAAGAGUUAACACUCAAUUUAUCUGAUGCUUUGGACCACUGUGCCAAGAAGAGAUGGGAUUUUGGGGUCCAGAGAUACAGGUCUCUUUGUAAAAUGGUGUCCGGUAAACGAAUCCCUUCUGCUGUGACCUCCAUAACUUCAAUGGCCUCUCCAAGAGUGCAAGACUCAAAAAUCCCUGACAGCACCGAGGAUCCAUACAGCACUCAGUGGCUCUCAGCGUUGCUCAGUGAUCUAGCCCCCAUCAAACACUCAGAUAGGAGGGUGCCACAUUUGCUGGAGAAGCUGAGUCGAUUUACAGAAUGCCACACGCUGCGACUUCACCCACGCAACUUCCUGAAGAUCUUAAACUCCCUCCAGCUGUGGGAGCUGUGCUGCCCGGAUCUAUGUGUGGCUAUAGAGAUAGUGAGGCAGAAUGUGGUAAAGAUGCCCAAAGCAGAGUACGACUCAUGGCUACACAACAGAGUCAGCCAAUCACAGACCACCAAGAGCACUACAUAAAACCUGUAAUCGACUCUCUUUUUUUGCCUUUUUACACUUUUUAAAGCAGUCAGGUGAUCAUAUUUCAAAAAAUAAGUGAAAAUAUGAAAUAUAUAUAUAUAUAUAUAACAAAAUUUUUCUCAUCUCAUUUCACAAUAUUUCAGUGUCGUUUUGCUCAGUUUUCAUUUUCUGUUCCUUUUCUUUUUGUUCCAAAGCACAUUUGGAUUAUGUCUCAUGGGGUAAUAAACAUUAUGAGUAAUUUUUUACUGCCUCUGCAGUCACCCAUGGCAGGCGUCCAUGUGUUUCUUCUAUUAGUUGGCCAACACAAACAGCACAAAUCCACCUCAUACACUCAAUACACUUGGUUCAUGUUGGCCAUCAAUAUCAGUCAUGUGGUUUGGGCCAAAGAUGGUGACAGUUAAGAAUAUGUAAUGGGAAUGUUUGUGUGCAUGUCUCAUUCUUCCUGGCAUGAAGACACUAUUUGACAAAUAAACCAUGUCUGAUAAACUUCUCUCUCUUUUCAUGUCAUGACCUGUGCGUGUGCCCUUUAAAGUAAGCAAAAUUGUAAGAAUAAAGCAGAAUUUCUUAUCUACUAUGAUAAGCUGUUCUUUUUUUUUCCCCCAGUUGAAGAAACUCUGGGGUCAAAGUUCACCCAAGAGGCCCAUGGGUAAGUGCUGUUUUUCAGACAUUUCUAGAAUGCCUAGGACACAUCUCCGCCUCUUUCAGAGCUCUUUCUGGGGAUUGCAUUAUACUUUUCCUGUUCACAGAAACAGUGGCUGAUGCAAUAUUUUUGUUCUAAAGGGAUGCAGCAAUUUAGCCACAUUAGUUACAGUACAUGCUUCUGCCAAGCACUUGAAGAGAAAUGUUCUAUUUGAGAGGCAUGAAAGGAGACAGAAGGUUGGCCAUUUGGAAUAUUACUUAUUUAAUGUGUUUUCAAAUUAACCAGUUUGAGCAACAUAAGAGAGAGAGUGAGUAUGUGUGUGUGCAUAUGUAGACAUGCGUCCACUUGGUUGUUUGUCUGUGCGAGUGUGCCGGGAAGUGAAGCCUGUUCUUGCGCUUCACCGUUCUUUCAAGGGAAAAUUCAAUAUUUACCCUUCAAUUACCAGCAGCCCCCCUCUAAUGUACACUGAAUGGAAAGUUGACCAUCAGUCAUGUGACAUAAUGAACUUUAAGCCCUGUAAUUCUAUUUCAUUUCUUAAUCUUAA